AGGUUUUGUGAUGGGUUCGGAUCGACCCGUUUUGUUCUGAUCAAAUCUCCCAAAUCGUUGAUGCCGGAGUAACAGUGAGAGUGGUAUGGCGGAGGAGGCAUUGGCCAUAGCAGAAGGGAAAUACACAUACGUACACGAAGUGGGUAAAGGCCCACCUGAAGCCAUUGACGCCCACCAUAUUGUGGUUCGAAGGAGUAGAGAAAAGGGUUCCAAUUUAUGCCUCUUUACUCUUCUCCUUUUUGCCUAUCCCUCCUUCCUCUUAUUCCGCCAGGGAAAGCUAGAUACUCUGCAUAUUUGGAGCUUAGUUAUCAUGGCAUUGCUCAUUAGGUUAUUUCUAAAGAAGCCAGUUAAGAAAGAGUCUGUUCUAAUUCUGCCUGCUUUUGGAGUUCAACUUGAGACUCAGUACGGAAGUGGGAAAACAGUUCGCCAGUUUGUCCCCAUUAGCAGGAUUUUGAAACCAGUGCUGACUGAAUGUGUCACACCAGUUACCUGUUAUUGGAGUCUGUCUUUGAUUAUUCGAGGGGAAGAAGAACUUAUGUUAGUUUUCAAGGAAUUGCGUCCGCCAGUGAAGAUGUUAGCGCCCAUCUGGAAGGCUUUAUGUGCUGCCAUCGAAUGUGGAGAAUGCACGGAGGCAAUUACAUAGAUAACACAAGUAUAAUCUCAACCGAUUCAAUGUUUAUUAAUUUUUUUUUUCUCAACACCUGUAUUCAUUACAUUUUUAAUUGUCAUUACACAUAUGUGCUGUUUACUGCAUUGCAACCACUUUUCAUGGGGGAAGUUUCCUUGUACAAUUUUUGUCGACCUACUUUUCCCUUUUA